UUUUAUCGUCAAGUACAUCAGGACCGGCAUUUUAAUAGUAAUCGGUGUUCUGUUCGUUCAACUUCUAUCGUGUCGUACAUUGUCAAUUAACAAUUUGAAAUUGUUCAUUAUGUCGAGCACUGAAGGAAAGGUAAUCAAAUGCAAAGCUGCAGUAGCAUGGGAAGCAAAGAAACCUCUUUCACUUGAAGAGGUUGAAGUUGCUCCACCAAAGGCACAUGAAGUAAGAAUUAAGGUUGUGUCUGUAGCUUUGUGUCAUACGGAUGCUUACACUCUGGAUGGAUUAGAUCCAGAAGGAGUUUUCCCAUGUAUUCUUGGCCAUGAGGGUAGUGGUAUUGUUGAAAGUGUUGGAGAAGGAGUUACAGAAUUUCAACCUGGUGACCAUGUAAUUCCAUUGUACAUUCCUCAAUGUGGAGACUGUAAGUUCUGUAACUCUCCAAAGACAAAUUUGUGUAGCAAGAUUCGUGCUACACAAGGAAAGGGUGUGAUGCCAGAUGGUACUUCUAGAUUUACUUGCAAAGGAAAGACAAUUGCUCAUUUCAUGGGUUGUUCAACUUUCUCAGAAUAUACAGUAGUAGCAGAUAUUUCUUUGGCUAAGAUCGAUCCUGCUGCACCAUUUGAUAAAGUAUGUUUAUUGGGAUGUGGAGUACCUACUGGAUAUGGCGCUGCUCUUAACACUGCUAAAGUAGAGCCUGGAAGUACAUGUGCUAUUUGGGGAUUGGGUGCAGUUGGAUUGGCAGUUGCGUUUGGUUGUAAGAAAGCUGGUGCUAAGCGUAUCAUUGGAGUGGAUGUGAAUCCAAGCAAAUUUGAGUAUGCUAAAACCUUUGGAUGUACUGAAUUUGUGAAUCCUAAGGAUCAUAACAAACCAAUUCAAGAUGUUCUGAUAGAAUUAACUGACGGUGGAUUAGAUUAUACUUUUGAAUGUGUUGGUAAUGUAAAUACUAUGAGAGCUGCAUUAGAAUCUUGUCAUAAAGGUUGGGGAACAUCAGUUAUUGUGGGUGUCGCUGCAGCGGGUCAAGAAAUCAGUACUCGUCCCUUCCAAUUGGUGACAGGACGAGUUUGGAAAGGAUCUGCAUUUGGCGGUUGGAAAUCAAAGGAAAGUGUACCUAAACUCGUCAAAGAGUACUUGUCCAAAUCGUUGAUUCUUGAUGAAUUUAUUACACAUACUCUUCCGUUUGAAAAGAUUAAUGAAGGAUUUGAUUUAUUGCACUCAGGCAAAUGCUUGAGAGCUGUGCUACAAUAUUGAGGAAGUAUGUUCAUGGAUGAUCUGUACCAGUUUUUAUACUAAUUGUGAAGAAUGCAUUUAUACAAAAUCUGUAAUAUAUAUUUUGAAUAAAACAAGCGUUAAUAGUGCUUUUCCAGAGAA